AUGUCAUUCUCAUGGGAGACGUGGAACUCGCUCGGCGGAGCAGCCUGCAGCGCGGCGCGCCUUGCCAUUUGCCAUUCUAGCCCCUGCUGCUUCCUGAACCCUCUACUAGCCCCCACCGUGCAGCCCCGCCCCGCCCCGACCAACCCCGCCUCCCGCAGCCGACACAACGCGCGCGCCAAGCCCGGCCAGCGGCCCGCCUUCCGGCCCGACCGGGGCCCGCCGCAGCAGCAGCAGCAGCCGUCCCAGAGGGCGGCGCCGCGCAAGCCCAAGGCGCGCGUCAACGGCGACAUCCGCGCGGCGCAGGUCCGCGCGGUCCUCCCUGACGGCAGCAACCAGGUGCUGCCGCUGGCGGAGGCGGUGCGGCUGGCGCAGGGGCUCGGCCUCGACCUGGUUGAGGUGCCGGGGACCAGCAACCCCGUGGUGGCCAAGGUGGUGGACUGGGAGGCGUUGCAGAGCCAGCAGCGCAAGGCCGAUGACGAGGCGGCGCGGCGCGAGCGGCUCCGCGCCAAGCUGUCCACCCCAAAGGAAAUGCAGUUCACGUCGCGCAUCGGGGACCAUGAUAUAGAGAUUAAGAUGCGGAAGGUUCACGAGUUCCUUGAUUCCGGGCUCAAGGUGCUGCUCGUCGUGAAGCACCGGCGGGAGGAGGGCGGCGCGGCCGCGCUGGCCCUGGACUACCUCCUGGAGCGCCUCAAGGGCGAGCGGCCGGGGCUGGAAGUCAGCAAGCGCACGCUGGCGCUGGACGUGCGACAUGCAAAGGUAGCGCUGGUCCGCGAGGAGGGCGCCGCAACCCCCGCCGCGCUUUGCGCACGCCUGUCGGGCCUUGGCUACCCCGCCAUGUGCGUCGCCGCUUCGCGGGGCGGCGGCAGCGCUGGCGCAGCCAAGAGCGCGCAGUGCUUCAAGAGCCUGCGGCACGUUUUCAUCGUGGUGCGGCCUGAGCGCGUGCGGCAUGCAGGUCGCGGCGACGCCAGCAUCCGGCGGGAAGGCGCAGUGGUGCACGAGGAGUUGAUCGUCGAUGCGGCCUUCAAGGAGCACUUUUUAAUCCCGCACCCCACGCCCGCCUAUGCGGAUCUCCUGGCCUCCCUGCCGGAUGAGUUUGUCGGCCCGCGGUCGCGCCUGGACCCCCUGGUGGCCUGCCUGUGCGACCAGAUGGCGCUCUCCUUCAAAGCCCAGGGCUUCACGCUGCCGCCCUGGCGCCGCCCCGAAGCGAUCGCCUCAAAGUGGCUGCCGGCACGCAGCGGCGGCGCCGACUGCAACAGCACCGCGGCGGGGGCCGGCGCGGCUGGGUGCAGCCCCGGCAGCGUAGGCAACGCGCCGCCGCAGUGCACUGCGGCCACGACGGCUGCGGCAUUCUCAUUCAGCCGGUUGGACGAGGGCGAGCUCCUGCGCCAGACACUGGCGGGCCGCUGCCGUGGCCUGCUGAGCGGGAAGCUGCUCGGCAGCGCCGCCGCCGCCGCCGCCGCCGCCGCUGCCAACGGCGGUGGCGGUCAGCUGUCCGCGCGCGCAGGCCGCGCGCCGGCGUGCGCAGCGGCCGCUGGCGGCUUUGGGCAGGGCUCCGUGUGCCGGCAGCCGCCGGUUUGCUCGGGCCAGCCCGCGACGUGGCGUGUGCGCGUGGCUUCGCACUUCCAGCAGCCACCGCAGCACCGCCCUCGCGCGUGA